UGUGGACGAACGGCGACGUUCAGCCGGAAAUAUCCGGCUCGGCGGCGCCCGACUGCUCCGGUGUACAGGAUUUCGAUUCAAUUCGCUUCGCCACCUACCGUGCUGCAUGCAAAUUACGGUUCAUCCAGAAGAAAACAAAUGAUAAAAACUUCGCGGAUAGAACUGCUACUGACGACAAUCUAUCAUAAUUUGAACAAACGGCUCGUUUCUUCGCAACAUAUCGACACUGACAAGUCGAUAUCGUUAUUAUUGAGUUUUUUAUUAGGAACCUAUGAUAAGCAACAAACCGGUCGAUUGACAGUGUUUUCGAUAAAAAUAGCUUUGGCGACAAUAUGCGCCGGAAAACUAGUGGACAAGUUGAGGUAUAUGUUCUCUCAAAUUUCGGAUUCGUCUGGCUUUCUGGAAUACGAUCGAUUUACUGACUUCAUGCAGCAGGUAUUAGCAUUGACGACGGCCGUUUUUGAAGCGCCAACGUUUGGAUUCUCGGAGGCUGCCGUGUCACAGUGUUUUGUGAAGGAUCAACGGGUGACUUUGAACAACUUCCUCGACGUUUUCAUGUCAGAUCCAUGUCCUCCUUGUGUUAUGUGGUUACCCUUACUACAUCGAAUGGCAUCCGUUGAGCACGUCUACCACCCUGUCGUUUGUGACGCUUGCCAAGUCCGGUCAUUCACUGGCUUCCGCUACAAGUGCCAGCGGUGUUCGAACUAUCAGCUUUGCCAAAAUUGCUUCUGGCGAGGGCGAACCAGCCAAAAUCACUCUAACGAACACGAAAUGAAGGAGUACUCGAGCUACAAAUCUCCAACAAAGCAAUUAGCACAUUCAAUUCACAAAUCUCUUCAAUGCAUUCCAACAGCCAACACCAAGCAACCACCGCUCUUUGCCGAACGUCCACAACGGCCUCUUGAACUACAAAAUAUCGUGCCCGCAACUCCCACGACGUUACGAAGAGCACCUCCGGAUCCAAUGCCAGAUUGGCCGUCAUCCCCGAUCCUACUGCCCGGACAGGUAUCGAACGGUGGAGCAUUGGAUGACGAGCACAAGCUUAUCGCCAGAUAUUCAGCAAAACUGAGCGGUCGUGCAGAUUAUCCUCUUGGAAACGGAAGGGACCGAGCGAUGACCCAUCCAGUAGAUGAGAGGACGUUGAUCGCUCGGUUGGAAGAGGAGAACUCACAUAUGAUGAGGGAAAUUUCGCGGUUGGAGAGUCAGACCCUAUCAGAAGAUGGCCAACUUACGGGUUUACGAGAACGGAAAUCACAACUGGAAGAGAAGAUGUAUGUGAUGCAACAAAAACGGCGGGAUCUAAUGGUGCAGUUGGAGCAGCUCAUGACGCAGUUGAAUGCGCCCGGAUCAGCACCUUUCCCAUCAGCGUCAAUGUCGCAAAUACCAGAAUCUCUUUCUGGCGUCAACACCAAGGUAUCAAACGCAUUCCGAGCAGGCAGUGUACCUGCAACAAGCCUUCAGGGAGAUCUGUUGCAUGCUGCUGACCAGAUCACAUCGAAUAUGGAAACAUUUUUGCGGGAGCUUGACCAAGCGCAAGAUGACGUAGUGCCGAAUGGCCACCACUAUGUGAUAUAA